CGCCCGGCCGCCGGCCCGGCCCCCUCCCCCGCCAUGAAGAAGCUGUGGGUGAAGAAGCGUUUCCAGAAAAGCGGCCACUCCCGCCGGGCCUUCGGCCGACUCACCCAUGUUUUCCGCUCCUGCAGAAAGCAAAGUUACGACUCGGAGACGGGCGAGGAUGACAUCAGCGAUGUGCCGGGGACCCAGCGCCUGGAGCUUCGGGAUGACGGGGCCCUUAGCACCCCCACGGGGGGCUCCGACACCCUGGUGGGCACCUCCCUGGACACCCCCCCGACCUCCGUGACGGGCACAUCGGAGGAGCAAGUGAGCUGGUGGGGCAGCGGGCAGACGGUGCUGAAACAGGACGCGGGCAGCAGGGGUGGCCCCCGCCACGCUCCGGGCAGCCCAAGGCAAGCACAGGCAACCGGGGCCGGGCCUCGGCACCUGGGGGUGGAGCCGCUGGUGCGGGCGUCCCGAGCUAAUCUGGUGGGCGCAAGCUGGGGGUCAGAGGAUAGCCUUGCGGUGGCCAGUGACGCGUACGGCAGCGCAUUCAGUCUGUACCGAGGACGGGCGCUCUCGAUCCACGUCAGCAUCCCUCCGAGCGAACUGUGCAAAGAGGAACCGGACCCGCAGCCCGUGCCGGCCAGCGAAGCCCCGCGCCGCGCCGCGCCACCGCCCGCAUCCAAGUCCGCGCUGCUGCCGCCGCCGUCCCCUCGCGUGGGGAAGCGGCCCCCGCCGGGCCCCAGCCCCCAGCCGUCGGCGGCGGCGGCGGCGGCGCCCCCCGCCUCGCCCCACCGGCGCCCCCCGGAGCCCGCUCCCCCGGAGGACGCGGCCGAAGAGAAGCGGAGCAAGAAGUCCAAGUCGUCGGGACCGUCGCUGCCCGGCACGGCCGAGUCGCGGCCGCAGACGCCGCUGAGCGAGGCGUCGGGCCGCCUGUCGGCGCUGGGCCGCUCGCCGCGGCUGGUGCGCGCCGGCUCCCGCAUCCUGGACAAACUGCAGUUCUUCGAGGAGCGGCGGCGCAGCCUGGAGCGCAGCGACUCGCCGCCGGCGCCCCUGCGGCCCUGGGUGCCCCUGCGCAAGGCGCGCUCGCUGGAGCAGCCGCGCUCGGACGGCGGCGCGGCGUGGGGCUCGCCGGGGGCCUCGCAGGAGGAGCUGCGCGCGCCCACGGGCAGCGUGGCCGAGCGGCGCCGCCUGUUCCAGCAGAAGGCGGCCUCGCUGGACGAGCGCACGCGGCAGCGCAGCCCGGCCUCCGACCUCGAGCUGCGCUUCGCGCAGGAGCUGGGCCGCAUCCGCCGCUCCACGUCGCGGGAGGAGCUGGUGCGCUCGCACGAGUCCCUGCGCGCCACGCUCCAGCGCGCCCCGUCCCCGCGCGAGCCCGGCGAGCCCCCGCUCUUCUCCCGGCCCUCCACCCCCAAGACCCCGCGCGCCGGCAGCCCCCCGCCGCCGCCGCCACCGCCCCUCGCCAGCGCCAAGCCCGGGGAUGAGCCGGGGAGGCCGCGUAGCCGCGGGCCGGCGGGCCGGACGGAACUCGGGGAGGGCCCGCAGCAGGAGGUGCGGCGGCGGGACCAGUUCCCGCUGACGCGGAGCCGGGCCAUCCAGGAGUGCCGCAGCCCCGUGCCGCCCCCCGCCGCCGAUGCCCCCGACGGCAGGACGAAAGCCCCCGCGGGGCGCAAGCGGGAACCACCGGCGGCGCAGGCCGUGCGCUUCCUGCCCUGGGCAUCGCCCGGCCCCGAGGGCGCCGCGGCGACCCCGACUUCGGAGAAGAACCGGGCGGGGCCCGAGGCCGAGAAGCGGCUGCGCAGAGGGCCGGAGGAAGAUGGGCCCUGGGGGGCCUGGGACCGCCGUGGGGGCCGCAGCCAGACUCGAGGACGCCGGGCACGGCCCACCUCGCCCGAACUCGAGUCCUCUGACGACUCCUACGUGUCUGCGGGUGAGGAGCCCCUGGAGGCCCCCGUGUUUGAGAUCCCCCUGCAGAACGCGGUGGUGGCCCCUGGGGCCGACGUGCUACUCAAGUGUAUUGUCACCGCCAACCCCGCACCUCAAGUGACCUGGCAGAAGGAUGGGUCGACGGUACGCAGCGACGGCCGCCUCCUCCUGCGCGCCGAGGGCGAGAGGCAUACGCUGCUGCUCCGGGAGGCCCGGGCAGCCGACGCCGGCAGCUACACGGCCACCGCCACCAACGAGCUGGGUCAGGCCAGCUGCAGUGCCUCUCUGGCCGUGAGACCAGGUGGGUCCACGUCCCCCUUCAGCAGCCCCAUCACCUCUGACGAGGAGUACCUGAGCCCCCCAGAGGAGUUCCCGGAGCCUGGCGAGGCCUGGCCCCAGAGUCCAGCCAUGAAGCCCACUUCCAGCCAGAACCGCCGACCCUCCGACACCAACUCCAAGGCACCUCCCAGCUUCAAGGUCUCUCUCAUGGACCAGUCGGUGAGAGAAGGUCAGGACGUGACGAUGAGCAUCCGUGUGCAGGGCGAACCCAAGCCUGUGGUGUCCUGGCUGAGGAACCGCCAGCCCGUGCGCCCCGACCAGCGGCGCUUCGCCGAGGAGGCCGAGGGUGGCCUGUGCCGGCUGCGCAUCCUGGCGGCCGAGCGCUGCGACGCGGGCUUCUACACCUGCAAGGCGGUCAACGAGUACGGGGCGCGGCAGUGCGAGGCCCGCCUGGAGGUCCGAGCGCACCCAGAAAGCCGGUCCCUGGCCGUGCUGGCGCCCCUGCAGGAUGUGGACGUGGGGGCCGGGGAGAUGGCGCUGUUUGAGUGCCUGGUGGCGGGGCCCGCCGACGUGGAGGUCGACUGGCUGUGCCGGGGCCGCCUGCUGCAGCCGGCGCUGCUCAAAUGCAAGAUGCACUUCGACGGCCGCAAGUGCAAGUUGCUGCUGACCUCGGUGCACGAGGACGACAGCGGCGUGUACACCUGCAAGCUCAGCACGGCCAAAGAUGAGCUGACCUGCAGUGCCCGGCUGACCGUGCGCCCCUCGCUGGCUCCACUGUUCACCCGGCAGCUGGAGGACGUGGAGGUGCUGGAGGGCCGCGCCGCGCGCCUGGACUGCAAGAUCAGCGGCACCCCGCCCCCCUCCGUCACCUGGACUCAUUUCGGCCGGCCCUUGCAGGAGAGUGAGAACAUCCGCCUCCAGCAGGACGGGGGUCUGCACGCCCUGCACAUCGCCCACGUGGGCAGCGACGACGAGGGGCUGUACGCGGUCAGCGCCACCAACACCCACGGCCAGGCGCACUGCUCAGCGCAGCUCUACGUGGAAGAGCCGCGGACCGCCGCCACCGGCCCCAGCUCCAAGCUGGAGAAGAUGCCGUCCAUCCCCGAGGAACCCGAGCAGGGCGAGCUGGAGCGGCUGUCCAUGCCCGACUUCCUGCGGCCCCUGCAGGACCUCGAGGUGGGCCUGGCCAGGGAGGCCAUGCUGGAGUGCCAGGUGACCGGCCUGCCCUACCCCACCAUCAGCUGGUUCCAUAACGGCCACCGCAUCCAGAGCAGUGAAGACCGACGUAUGACUCAGUACAGGGAUGUCCACCGUCUGGUGUUCCCGGCCGUGGGACCGCAGCACGCCGGCGUCUACAAGAGCGUCAUCGCCAACAAGCUGGGCAAAGCCGCCUGCUACGCCCAUCUCUAUGUCACAGAUGUGGUCCCAGGACCCCCCGAUGGGGCCCCGCAGGUGGUGGCAGUGACAGGCAGGAUGGUCACACUCACCUGGAACCCGCCCCGGAGCAUGGAUGUGGCCAUUGACCCCGACACGCUGACCUACACCGUGCAACACCAAGUCCUGGGCUCAGACCAGUGGACUGUCCUGGCCGCUGGCCUGCGGGAGCCCGGCUGGGCGGCCCUGGGGCUGCGGAAGGGGGUGCAGCACGUCUUCCGGGUCCUCAGCACCACCCUCAAGAGCAGCAGCAAGCCCUCACCUGCCUCCGAGCCGGUGCAGCUGCUGGAGCACGGCCCACCCCUGGAGGAGGCCCCCGUGGUGCUGGAUAAGCCGGACGUCGUGUAUGUGGUGGAGGGACAGCCGGCCAGCGUCACGGUCACCUUUAACCACGUGGAAGCCCAAAUCAUCUGGAGGAGCUGCCGAGGGGCCCUGCUGGAGGCGCGGGCUGGUGUGUACGAGCUCAGCCGGCCGGACGAUGACCAGUACCGCCUCAGCAUCUGCCGUGUGAGCCGCCGGGACCUCGGGGCCCUCACCUGCACGGCCCGCAACCGCCACGGAACGCAGGCCUGCUCCGUCACCCUGGAGCUGGCAGAGGCUCCGCGGUUUGAGUCCAUCAUGGAGGACGUGGAGGUGGGGGCCGGGGAGACGGCGCGCUUCGCUGUGGUGGUUGAGGGGCGACCCCUGCCUGACAUCAUGUGGUACAAGGAUGAGGCCCUACUGACUGAGAGCAACCAUGUGGGCUUCGUGUACGAGGAGAAUGAGUGCUCCCUGGUGGUGCUCAGCGCCGGGCCGCAGGAUGGGGGCGUGUACACCUGCACGGCCCGGAACCUGGCCGGUGAGGUCUCCUGCAAGGCGGAGCUGGCCGUGCUCACAGCUCAGACAGCUAUGGAAGCGGAGGGCCUGGGGGAGGACGAGGAGCAGCGAGGAGGACGGAGACUCUGUGACUUUUACGACAUCCACCAGGAGAUCGGCAGGGGCGCCUUCUCGUACCUCCGGCGCGUGGUGGAGCGGAGCUCGGGCAUGGAGUUCGCCGCCAAGUUCAUCCCCAGCCAGGCCAAGCCCAAGGCUUCGGCGUGGCGCGAGGCACGCCUGCUGGCCCGGCUGCAGCACGACUGCAUCCUCUACUUCCACGAGGCCUUUGAGCGACGCCGGGGGCUGGUCAUUGUCACCGAGCUCUGCACUGAGGAACUUCUGGAACGCAUGGCCAGGAAGCCCACCGUGUGUGAGUCUGAGAUCCGCACCUACAUGCGGCAGGUGUUGGAAGGGAUAGGCUACCUGCACCAAAGCCACGUGCUGCACCUGGACAUCAAGCCCGAAAACCUGCUGGUGGGGGACGGCCCCGAGGGCGAAGAGCAGGUGCGCCUCUGUGACUUCGGGAACGCACAGGUGCUGACGCCGGGAGAGCCCCAGUACUGCCAGUAUGGCACCCCCGAGUUCGUGGCCCCCGAGAUCGUCAACCAGACUCCUGUGUCCGGAGUCACGGACGUCUGGCCUGUGGGCGUCGUUGCCUUCCUCUGUCUCACGGGAAUCUCCCCGUUCGUCGGGGAGAAUGAUCGAACAACCCUAAUGAACAUCCGCAACUACAACGUGGCCUUCGAGGAGACCACGUUCCUGAGCCUCAGCCGGGAGGCCCGUGGCUUCCUCAUCAAAGUGCUCGUGCGGGACCAGCUGAGGCCUUCCGCAGAGGAGACCCUGGAACACGCCUGGUUCAAAACACAGGCAAAGGGUGCCGAGGUGAGCACGGAUCACCUAAAACUCUUCCUGUCCCGACGGAGGUGGCAGCGCUCCCAGAUCAGCUACAAGUGCCACCUGGUGCUGCAACCCAUCCCCGAGCUGCUGAGGGCGCCCCCGGAGCGCGUGUGGGUGGCCGUGCCCCGCAGAGCCCCGCCCAGCGGGGGGCUGUCCUCGUCGUCGGACUCCGAGGAGGAGGACCUGGAAGAGCUGCCGUCGGUGCCCCGCCCGCUGCAGCCCGAGUUCUCGGGCUCGCGCGUGUCCCUCACGGACAUUCCCACGGAGGACGAGGCCGGGGCCGCCACGCCCAUGGACUGGCAGGAGCAGGGCCGGGCCCCCCUUGGAGACCAGGAACCCCCCAGCCCGCAGGCCCUCCCCUCCCCAGGCCAGGAGCCCCCGGCCGGGCCCAGCCCGCCGCGCGGAGCGCUCCGAAGGGGCAGCUCCGCCGAGAGCGCCCUGCCCCGGGCCGGGCGGCGGGAACCGGGCCGGGCCCUGCAGAAAGCGGCGUCCGUGGAGCUGCCGCAGCGCCGGAGUCCCAGCCCGGGGGCCACCCGCCUGGCCCGGGGUGGCCUGGGCGAGGGCGAGUACGCGCAGAGGCUGCAGGCCCUGCGCCAGCGGCUCCUGCGCGGGACCCCGGAGGACGGCAAGGUCAGCGGCCUCCGGGGUCCCCUGCUGGAGAGCCUGGGGGGCCGUCCCCGCGACCCUCGCUUGGCCCGGGCCGCCUCCAGCGAGGCCGCCCCGCGCCACCAGCCCCCGCCCGAGACCCGGGGCCUGCAGAAGAGCAGCAGCUUCUCUCAGGGCGAGGCCGAGCCCCGCGGCCGCCACCGGCGCGCCGGGGCCCCCCUGGAGAUCCCCGUGGCCCGACUCGGGGCGCGCAAGCUUCAGGAGUCGCCCUCGCUGUCGGCGCUCAGCGAGGCGCAGCCCUCCAGCCCGGGGAGGCCCGGCGCCCCCCAAGCCGGCACCCCCAAGGCCCCGGAGCCUCCGGCCCCCGCCCCCGCCGGGGAUGCCCCCGUGUCCCCGGCACCCGAGAGCCAGGAGAAAGCCCCCGAGCCCGCGCCUGAGCCAGCCCCAGCCCCCCAGCCCGCAAAACCGGCCCGGGCUCAGCGGGGUCCCCCGCCGCCUGCCACCCCCUACGCGCAGAUCAUCCAGUCCCUGCAGCUGUCGGGCCCGACCCCGACCGUGACCCUGACCCCGGCCCCGGCCACUGCCCCUCCGGCCGCGGCCCCUCCGGCCGCGGCCGCCGAGCCCAAGCCCCACCCGGCGGUCUUCGCCCGAGUCGCCUCGCCGCCCCCCGGAGCGCCCGAGAAGCGCGCGCCCGCCGCGACGGCGGCCCCGGGGCCAGGCCCGGGCCCGAAGGUGCGGGUGACCGCGGUGCCCCGGCAACCGGGCAGCAGCCUGAGCAGCAGCAUCGAGAACCUGGAGUCGGAGGCCGUGUUCGAGGCGAAGUUCAAGCGCAGCCGGGAGUCGCCGCUGGCGCGGGGUCUGCGCCUGCUGAGCCGCUCGCGCUCCGAGGAGCGCGGCCCGUGGCGCGCGGCCGAGGACGAGGACGGCAUGUACCGGCCCAGCCCCGCGGGCACCCCGCUGGAGCUCGUGCGCCGGCCCGAGCGCUCCCGCUCGGUGCAGGACCUGCGGGGGGCGGCCGGCGAGCAGAGCCUGGUCCGCCGCCUGUCGCUGUCGCUGUCGCAGCGGCUGCGCCGCACGCCGCCGGGCCAGCGCCGCCCGGCCUGGGAAGCCCGCGGGGACGGGGAGGGCUCGGAGGGCGGCAGCUCGGCGCGCGGCUCCCCGGUGCUCGCCGUGCGCCGGCGGCUCAGCUCCACGCUCGAGCGCCUGUCCAGCCGCUUCCAGCGCAGCGGCAGCAGCGAGGACUCCGGGGGCGCGUCGGGCCGCAGCACGCCGCUGUUCGGGCGGCUGCGCCGGGCCACGUCGGAGGGCGAGAGUCUGCGGCGUCUGGGCCUCCCGCACAACCAGCUGGCCGCGCAGGGGGCCGCCACCACGCCCUCCGCCGAGUCCCUGGGCUCUGAGGCCAGCGGCAACUCGGGCUCGUCGGGUCCCGGGGAAAGCCGAAGCCGGCUGCGCUGGGGGCUCUCGAGGCUGCGGAAGGACAAGGGGUUGUCCCAGCCCAACCUGUCCGCCAGCGCCCAGGAGGAUCUGGGUCACCCGUAUGUGCGCAGUGAGUCAGACUUCCCCCCAGUCUUCCACAUCAAACUCAAGGACCAGGUGCUGCUGGAGGGAGAAGCGGCCACGCUACUCUGCCUGCCCGCGGCCUGCCCCGCACCCCACAUCUCCUGGACUAAGGACAAGCAGUCCCUGCACUCCGAGCCCUCCGUGGUCAUCGUGUCCUGCAAGGACGGCCGGCAGCUGCUCAGCAUCCCCCGGGCCAGCAGGCGGCACGCGGGGCUCUACGAGUGCUCGGCCAGCAACGUGCUGGGCACCGUCACCAGCUCCUGCACUGUGGCCGUGGCCCGUGUCCCUGGAAAGCUGGCGCCCCCAGAGGUGCCCCAGACCUACCAGGACACGGCGCUGGUGCUGUGGAAACCAGGGGAUGGCCGGGCCCCCUGCACCUACACUCUGGAGCGGCGGGUGGAGGGUGAGUCGGCCUGGCACCCGGUGAGCGCGGGCAUCCCUGACUGCUACUACAACGCCACCCAGCUGCCCAUCGGGAUCCCCGUGAGGUUCCGCGUGGCCUGUACCAACCGCGCCGGCCAGGGGCCCUUCAGCAACCCUUCUGAGAAGGUCCUCAUCAGGGCAGUGCCAGAUUCCUCAGCUCCGCCCUCCAUCGCUCGAGAUGUCCCUGUUACCUCAGGGCCGGCCAGGGCCCCGCCUCCCGCCUCACCUACCUCACUGGCCCCGUCCCCCAGCCCCAGCCCAGCUCCCAUGGCGCCAGCCUCCCCGACGACGACGGCGCCCAGCCCCUCAUCGCCCCAGCCGCCGCCAUCCCCCCGCCAGGCCUUGCCCUCACUCAAGGCCGUGGGUCCACCCCCCGCCACCCCCCCACGAAAGCACAGGGGCCUGCAGGCUGCCCGGCCAGCAGGGCCCACCCCUGCCAGCGCCCAAGUCACCACAAGUGAGCUUGGGGCUUCCCUCCCCGAUGGGGGGACCCCUGCCCCGGCCCCUAGCCCCCAAGGAGUAAAAGCUGCGGCCCCCUCUUCGCCCUUGUACUUGGUGACAUCGUUCGUGUCUGCGCCCCCCGCCCCCGAGCCCACACCUGCACCCACCCAGGAGACCGGGCAGAGCCUUAGCCCGGCCACAGAGGCACAGGAGCCCCGCGGGGCCUCCCCCCGCAGCUCUCCAGGGCCCGAGGGCACCACUCUUCGGCAGGGUCCUCCCCAGAAGCCCUACACCUUCCUGGAGGAGAAAGCCCGGGGCCGCUUCGGUGUGGUGCGGACGUGCCGGGAGAAUGCCACGGGGAGGACGUUCGUGGCCAAGAUCGUGCCAUACGCGGCCGAGGGCAGGCGGCGGGUCCUGCAGGAGUACGAGGUGCUGCGGGCACUGCACCACGAGCGCCUCAUGGCCCUGCACGAGGCCUACAUCACGCCCCGCUACCUCGUGCUCAUCGCCGAGAGCUGCGGCAACCGGGAGCUCCUCUGCGGUCUCAGCGACAGGUUCCGGUAUUCCGAGGAUGACGUGGCCACCUACGUGGUCCAGCUGCUGCAGGGCCUGGACUACCUGCACGGCCACCACGUGCUGCACCUGGACAUCAAGCCCGACAACCUGCUGCUGGCCCCCGACAACGCCCUCAAGAUUGUGGACUUCGGCAGCGCCCAGCCCUACAACCCCCAGGCCCUGCAGCCCCUGGGGCACCGCACGGGCACGCUGGAGUUCAUGGCUCCUGAGAUGGUGAAGGGAGACCCCAUCGGCUCUGCCACGGACAUCUGGGGCGUCGGCGUGCUCACUUACAUCAUGCUGAGUGGACGCUCCCCCUUCUAUGAGCCAGACCCCCAGGAAACAGAGGCCCGGAUCGUGGGUGGCCGCUUCGAUGCCUUCCAGCUGUACCCCAACACCUCCCAAAGCGCCACCCUGUUCUUGCGAAAGGCCCUCUCAGUCCAUCCCUGGAGCCGGCCGUCGCUGCAGGACUGCCUGGCCCACCCGUGGCUGCAGGACGCCUACCUGAUGAAGCUGCGUCGCCAGACGCUCACCUUCACCACCAACCGGCUCAAGGAGUUCCUGAGCGAGCAGCGGCGCCGCCGCACCGAGGCCGCCACCCGCCACAAGGUGGUGCUGCGCUCCUACCCGGGCAACCCCUAGCGGCUCGGACCCCAGCCAGCCUCGGGCUUCGACUCGGGGCUCCAUUCCAGGGCCCACGCUGAGCCGGGAGCCCUCCCGGGUUUCAGACACCACCAGCAGCAACAUCCGGCGGGGCUCUUACCUCAUGGACCUGCGGGCACAGCGGCCCCAGGCUCCGGCAGACCACCGGGCCGGAGCCAGAGCGGGGCACCCCCGUCGGGCCGGGCUGGGC